AUGACUCUUGUGGAUAAACUAAACAGUAUGAAGAUAAAUGAAGAACUAGAAGAUUCGGAUGAUGAGUUUAAUGACUCCGAGGAAGAUGGGAUUGAUUCUGCAUUGGAUUCAUCACCGAGUCUUGUGGCAAAGGAAGAAUUGUAUGAAAAUCUGCCGAAUGCUAAGAAAACCUGUUUUACAACAUCAACGUUACAUGCUGGGACCGAUGAAUUGCGUGUCCUGCUACUGGGAGCAAGAGGGGCAGGAAAAAGCUCCACUGGAAACACCAUCCUCGGUUGCCACACCUUUAACACGGACAUGCAGUUGAGCAGAGUUACGCAGGUCUGUGAAAGGGCUUUUGGGAUCAUCCACGACUGGCCUGUGGCCAUAAUCGACACUCCAGGUUUAAACAGAUUCGGGUGUACUGAGAGAGAAGUGACCAGAGAGAUCCUCAAGUCCUUCUCCCUCUAUGCUCCAGGACCACAUGUUUUUCUGAUGGUUAUGCCUAUAGGAAACUUAACUCAAGAUGAUCAGAGCAUGCAUAAGUUGAUCGAAAGCAUGUUUGGCAAGAGCAUCUGGAAGUACACCGUUAUUGUGUUCACACAUGGAGAUAGAUUGGGGAACAAAAUACCUAAUGAUGUCAUCGCAUGCUCCGACGAGGGGCUUCGCGAGUUCAUCCGUAAGUGCAGCGGUGGGUUUGUGUUUUUCAAUAACAAAGACACAGACAACUACGCGUAUGUGAGUGAACUUUUAACGAAAAUUGACACUCUGCUGGCCAUUAAUGGGAAAGGAUGCUACACGACGUCUUUUUACCCGUCGGCAGAGAGAAAGAUAAGAAAGAAAAUGGAGAGGAUUUUAGAAAAGAGAAAACAAGAGAUUGCAAAAAAGGAGAAAGAUCUGGGGAUGCUCUGCCAAAGCGAGCUGGAGUUAGAAAGAGAGAAGCAACAAAUGUGGCGAACUGAAGAAGACGAAGCAAGAAAACGGGCUGAGAAAUCAUCCAAACAAAGAAAGAGCAUAACCAAACCUCACGCAUUUGGCCGAAAGACUUCCACAUUUAUCAGCUGA